AUGUAUCACGACAAGAUGUCUGCGGUGACAUACCGAACAGAGACGACGGCAUUCUACAUCGUCCCUUACUAUACACUGAUUUCUCCAUUGAUCCUUUCUUAUGCGAUCAGAAGCGCAGAAAAAAUGAGAGCGGCCAAACUGAAACAGAUGACAAAUAGAAAGGAUGAAAAUGAUGCCUAUGCUCAAAUGUAUAUAAAGAUGUGGAGGUCUUGA